AGAGAGGCUGCAGACGUUGGCAAGAUUUAUAAGAUUCGGAUAGGCCAUGAUGGGACAGGCAUUGGGGAUGGCUGGUUCCUGGAGAGCAUCACGCUGAAGCGCCUUGCCGCCAAGACGGAGUCUGAUAAAAAGAAGAAAAAGAAAAAAAAGAAGUCUGAUGAGGAGGAAGAAGAGGAGACCAAGGCUGAAGAAGGAAUGGAUGUCUAUACAUUUGUGGCACACCGCUGGUUGGCUAAAGAUGAGGGAGAUAAGGAGCUCGUGGUGGAGCUGGUGCCGGAUGGAGAAUCUUCCCUGGAGGAGAAUACGUACGAAGUCCACGUUCUUACUGGGACUGUGUGGGGGGCUGGGACGGAUGCUAAUGUCUUCUUGAGCAUCUACGGAGUAGAAAGAGGGGACACGGGUGAGCGCCAGCUGAAAAGGUCGAAUAACCUCAACAAGUUUGAAAAGGGCCAGGUGGAUGUGUUCACCAUCAAAGCCAUUGACUUGGGCGAGCUGAAGAAGCUGCGGAUCCGCCACGAUAACUCUGGUGCUAGCCCAAGCUGGUUCCUGGAGAGGGUAGAGAUUGUUGACCUCAAGGAGAGCACCACGUAUUAUUUCCCAUGCCAGCGGUGGUUAGCAGUUGAAGAAGAUGACGGUCAGAUUGUCAGGGAGCUGGUCCCAGUGGAUGAAGCAUUUGUAAAGAAAGAUUCGGAAAAUGAUGGCCAGUCUCUUGCAACGCUGGGCCUGGAACAGAAAGCUAAAUCAACAACAUACACUGUGAAAGUGAAAACUGGGGACAAGAAGAAUGCUGGGACGGAUGCCAACGUCUUCAUCACUCUCUAUGGAAGUAAAGACGAUACAGGGAUAGUCAGCCUCAAGGCCUCCAAGACGAACAAGAACAAAUUUGAGCGUGGGAAGGUAGAUGAGUUCACAGUGGAGUCUGUGGACAUUGGAGACCUGAAAAAAAUCAAGAUAGGCCAUGACAACAAAGGUAAUUCAACUGGCUGGUUUCUGGAAUGGGUGGAGAUUGAUGCCCCAUCCCUGGGACAGUGCCUCAAGUUCCCUUGUGGCCGUUGGCUGGAUAAAUCAGAAGAUGAUGGAGCCAUUGAGAGAAUGAUCUUCCCUGCAGAACUGCAGACAACAGAAUAUAUCCCAUUUGUUCCUUACGAGAUCACGGUCUACACCAGUGAUAUCUUUGGAGCUGGCACGGAUGCAGACGUCUUCAUUGUUCUCUACGGAAGCGAUGGGAUCUGCACUCAGCAGAAGUCCCUGUGCCUCAACAAGAGAGAGCAAAGGAUGUAUUUCGAAAGGAACUCGGUGAAUCAGUUCAUUGUGGAGCUGGAGGAUGUUGGUGACAUUAUCGAAAAGAUUCGCAUAGGACACAAGGGUGGAGGACUGAACUCUGGGUGGCAUUUGGACCGUGUAGCGAUUCGGAGGCUGUUGCCAAAUGGAAAGGGCUCAGAAACUGUCACCUUUCCAUGUGAAAGAUGGCUUGCAAAAUCUGAAGACGACGGUGAGAUUAUCAGGGAACUGGUGCCGUCUGAUAUUUUCACUGAAAAACUCAUGAAGGAUGGGACACUCAAGCAGAUAGAGGAAGAAGUUGAAGACCCGUUAGAAGUUCACACGUACAAGAUUAGCGUGUUCACUGGAGAUAUCUAUGGUGCCGGCACAGAUGCUAAUGUUUUCCUAAACAUCUACGGAGAUCUGGGGGACACGGGAGAGAGAAAACUCAGCAAAUCUGAAACGAAUUUCAACAAGUUUGAAAGAGGACAGGAGGAUACGUUUACCCUACAGGCUGUGGACCUUGGCAUUUUGUACAAGAUCAAAAUUCGUCAUGACAAUAGCAUGUUCAGUCCUGACUGGUUCCUGGAAAAAGUAGAGAUCCUCGAUGAAACCACAGAGGAAUCAUUCAUUUUCUUAUGUGAACGCUGGCUCUCUAAAAAGAAAGAGGACAAAAAGAUAGAGCGUACGCUCUACGAACAGAGCUAUGAUGGUGAGCGAAACAGCCUGGAUGGUUCAUCUCUCAGCCUGUCGAGCCAGGAUAGCAAUGCAAACCCGGAUGAGAAGAAAAAAUCCAUCUUGGUCAAGGCGGCAGAAGAAGGAUCACUGAUCCCGUACCACAUCACCCUCACAACAGGCACCGAAUUCGACUCCAGCACUGACAGCCGCGUGUACAUCAUCAUCAUGGGUCCUCAGAAAGUGCAGACGGAACGACUGUGGCUGGAUCUCCCGGAAGGAAAAGACGAGUUUGCAGAUGGUUCCGUAGAGAAAUUCUCCGUUUGGGGCCAAGAUGUUGGAGAGAUCAAAAAAGUGGAGGUGGGACAUGAUGGUGCUACCCCUGAGAGCUGCUGGCUCCUGGAGGAGCUCACCAUCGUCGUGCCCACCAAAGGCGUCAUGUAUAACUUUGUCUGCAAGUGCUGGCUGGCCAGAGACAAAGGUGAUGGUCUCACCUCACGAAUCCUCAACAUCUUGGAUGCAGACUGUGUUAACGUUGGCCUCAAGAUCCUCUACGAAGUCACAGUUGUGACUGGAGACAUCGAAGGCGGCGGUACCGACACCGGUAUUUUCAUGACUGUCUUUGGAUCCAAUGGGAACACCGAGGAGAUGCAGCUGGAAAAAAAUGGAGACAGGUUUGAGAGAGGCCAAGAGGACAGUUUCAUUAUGGAGAUCGCUGACAUCGCACCCCUCAGGAAGAUGAGGAUCCGGACGGACGGGAAGGGGACUCGCCCGCACUGGUUCAUGGAAAGGAUCAUCCUGAGGAACCUGACUAAUCAAGAAGUGGCCACAUUCACCUAUGGUGAGUGGCUGUCAAAGCUGAAAAAUGACAAGGGAAGUCUCGUGUGUGAGAUGCCGGCUGUUGUAAAUGACGAGCAGAUGAUGGAGGACACAACAUACACUCUUCAGGUUAAAACCAGUGAUGUCGGAGGAGCCGGCACCGAUGCCAACGUGUCCUUGAUCCUGUUUGGGGAGCAUGGGGACAGCGGGACCCUGGCUCUGAAGGAGUCCAACAAAUCUAACAAGUUUGAGAGGAACCAGAUGGAUGAAUUCAACUUUUCGGACAUGCUGAGCCUGGGAGAUCUCUGCAAAGUGCGGAUCUGGCAUGACAACAAAGGAAUCGCACCAGGGUGGCACUUGGAAUAUAUUGAUGUGACCGACUCGGCCAUGGACAAGACAUUUCGCUUCCAGUGUGAUCGCUGGCUGGCUAAAGGUGAAGACGAUGGGCAGCUCAUAAGGGAACUGGCUUGUGCCAAUAAUGACAUCCUGGAACUGAAGGAACGGACCGCCUAUGAGAUUGUCACAGUAACGAGCGACAGAGAGGAUGCAGAAACAAAGGAAAACAUCUGGAUCAUCUUAGAAGGAAAGCUGGGCCGCUCGAAAGAAUUCCUUAUGGAAAACUCCUCCAAGAAAAGGAGAUUUGAAAGGGGAGCAACAGACACAUUCCAGUUUUCUUCAAAGAACGUUGGUGAUAUUGCAGCUAUUUGUGUUGGUCACUGCCCAAAAGAUGGAAAGAAGUCAUCUGCAAAAGCUGAUGUCUUCUGGCACGUCCAAGAGAUUAUCGUAACGGAGAUGGAGCUUUACAACAAAUAUUUUUUCAGGUGCAACACGAAAAUCCCUCUGCGUUACAAGAGACGCGACUACAAAGUCUUCGAGUGUGCCAAGGUCACUGAGAGCUUUGCCAGCAAAGCCCGGAGCUUGGUGCCAGUCAAAUAUGAAACCAUCGUGGUCACAGGCUUUGAAAAGGGUGCGGGGACCGACGCCAAUGUCUUCAUCACCAUCUUCGGGUUGAACGGAGACUCGGGAAAGCGGGCGCUGAAGCAGAAGUUCAGGAAUCUCUUUGAGCGGGGCAAAACCAACAGGUUUUACCUGGAAACGUUGGACAUGGGAGAGCUAAAAAAAGUCAGGAUUGAGCAUGACAACAGCGGUCUGGCCCCGGGUUGGCUGGUGGAACGGGUGGAGAUCACCAAUUCAGCAACUGGUGUGACCACCAUAUUUCCCUGUGGGAAGUGGCUGGAUGAAAACCGGGGCGAUGGGUUAAUCUGGAGGGAGCUUUUUCCUAGGUACUGA